UUCUAUGAUCACGGUCCUGUUUUGUUCAUUGCGUAACAUCCGACAUUCAGGGCGAAGACUUCCUGACUGCCAGCUCAACGAUGGCGUCCUGCGCUGAGGGAUCUGCUUCGGUCAGUUAUGAGCCGACCGAAAGUACUGCAUCUCAGAAGAGAGAGGAGAGACUCCGAAAAUUCCGGGAACUGCAUUUCAAAAGGAAUGAAGCACGCAAGCUCAAUCACAAGGAGGUUGUGGAGGAGGACAAGAGACUGAAGCUGCCAACUAACUGGGAGGCUAAGAAAGCCCGUCUGGAGUGGGAACUCAUGACCGAUGAAAAGAAAAAGGAGUGUGCGGCCAAAGGGGAGGACUAUGACAGGGUGAAACUGCUAGAGAUCAGUGCUGAGGAUGCUGAGCGGUGGGAGAGAAAGAAGAAGAAGAAGAACCCUGACCCAGGAUUCUCAGGUUACGCAGAGGCCCAGCUGCGACAGUACCAGCGCCUCACCAAGCAGAUCAAACCAGAUAUGGACGGCUACGAGAGGCAGCGAGAGCAGUGCGGUGAGGAUUUCCACCCCACAUCCAACAGUCUGAUCCAUGGGACCCACGUCCCUUCCAAGGAGGGCAUCGACCGCAUGGUGGAGGAUGUGGAGAAACAGAUCGAGAAGCGGGCCAAAUACAGCCGGCGUAGGGCCUACAACGAUGACGCAGACAUUGACUACAUCAACGAGAGGAACGCCAAGUUCAACAAGAAGGCAGAGCGGUUCUAUGGCAAAUACACAGCCGAGAUCAAGCAGAAUCUGGAGAGAGGCACAGCAGUCUAACUGGACUGGUCAUUAUAAUGGACACUUCCAUAUCCUCUGCUUUGUUGUAACAGAAGCCCAAAAUUACUCACUGGUUACAGGACUGGUCAUGUACGUAGAAACCCAAAUUGUUGUCCCUAUGCUUACGUCUCUAGGAUCAAGUUUAUAUUUUGACGCUGACAUUUCUUUAGAGGCAUUUUAUGUUUAAAUCUGUGUUUCUGUAUUGUUACUAUAAUACUGUUGCUUAGUGGGAAUGGUUAAGUGCAACCUGAAUGAUCUUCUAAUGCUAUUCCUGCCUUUCUGUCAGUGUUUGUAUCAGAUGUAUGACCAUGCAUUUUCUUUAAAUAAAACACACAAUAAAACAAAAAUGUUUUUUUGUUAUCUAGCA